AAAGACGGUCGGUGGAAUUACCGAAAACCCGAAAAUCCCCGUAAAUACCGAAAAUCCCUUCCAUUCUCUGAGGUUAAAAUGAGUGCUAAAGUUCCGGGCUCGGCAGGCCUACCACUGCUGGGAGAUCGGUCAUACGAGUUCUACAAAGAUCCUAUCAAGUUCCAGCAUAAAUACAUGGAAAAUACAAAGUCCAGGGUAUUCCUGGCACGAUUUCUAAACAAGCCCACCAUAUUUGUUGGCUCAAACCAUGUAGUACAUGAGGUUUUAACAGAACAUUCAAACAAGAUGGAGUUGGGAUACAAGCAGUUUUGGUUUGAAAUAUUUGGAGAUAAUGUUUUGUUUAGUGAUGGUGAGUUUGCGGACAGUCUGCGGGAGAGUCUGAAGCAGCUAUUUACAGAGGAAGCCAUUGAAACUUACCAGAGCACCAUAGAGAGGAUUGUGAAGAAGUCAUUGUCCAAUUUAGAUACUGGACAGCCCUUGUGCAUUUAUAACCUUUUCAAGAGACUUGCCAUAGAAGUGUGUCUAGGACUCUUCCUUGGCUUGGAUUUUAGCCAACCAGAGGCUGAUGUUAUAGCUGAUCUAACUAUCACUCACUGGCAUGGUAUAAUCUCUGUACCUCUGGCAGUUAAAGUACCGUUAAUGAGUGAAUCAACCUACAGCAAGGCUAUGGAUGCGAAGCGGAAAUUAUUAGAGAUAAUACACCAGCGUCGUAUUGAUAAGAGGCACGAGUUUGUGGAGCGUGUUGAAGGCCUGGGGUCCCUGACAGAGGAGAGCGUUAACAACCACCUGCUACUCUUCACCUCGGCCCUGGUACCUAAAGCACUCUCCUCAAUCCUCACGUCGUUUGUGAUAGAGACAGGAAGUCCAGACCAGGUUGAUACCCAGAGUAGCCUGCUACACGAUGAGGCCCUGCUGGAGAGGGUUCUGCUGGAGGUUCUCCGCCUCUACCCACCCUUCUUUGGAGGUCGCAGAGUCGUCACCGAGGAUUUCAGUGCGGGUGGUUUCCGUUUCCCAGCAGGUCAUGGCGUGCUCUAUAUGACAUACACGGCUCAGCGAGACCGAGCUGUGUUUGAAGACCCAGAUACCUUUAACCCUGAUAGAUGGACACACAAAAAUGCCAAUGACAGGGAGCGGCUGUAUUGUUUUGGAAUGGGACCAAGAAAAUGUGUGGGACAAAACCUUGUGUCAACGAUCCUUAAGACUGUGAUAAGGGAAUUAUUGGAAAAAUACACGUGGGAAAUGGUUGCUGAUCAAGACCUGCCGUGUAAGUGCCUGCCGGUUUAUCGACCACGAAAUCAGGUCCUUGUAAAGUUUAAAUCAUCCAUGGGCCAGGAUAGUGGCUACCUGACAUCUCCUGGCUCACCCUUGUCACCCGCUUGUCCCAACUGUAAAAAGUUUGUGAUGCCCUCUCCACAGGGGAGUAAAGAGGCAGUCGAAAACGAGAUCGGAGUCAGGCGGGAAAACGGAACUAUCCCAGGGUGUACAUGCUCUUGUGAAGGAGUUUCACCUAUGAAAAGGACUAGUCAUUAAUGCACUCUUCUAGUCUUGAUUUCUCCUGUGGAGAAAACGAUAUUAAAAUGCAAAUAGUUCUAUAUAAAUGUUGACUCAUGUAUAAUCAUGUUAAGAGAUUUUCAUUCAUAUUUCUGAAAAAUGGAGUAUAAAUAAUUACAUUGUAUUAAUUUCCAAAAGUCUAGUUGAAUGCUUUUUGUAAUCAGUUGAGUGUUUUCAUUUCAUUGGAUAAACAUUUAAAUCUAUUUCAAAUGGAGAAAUAAAGCCACCUUAAGUGUAAUGAAAACACUUACACAAUUUGCCAGGUAAGUAAAGUAAAACUUUUAACAUAAUGUGUGGUUAUGUUUGUGAUAAUGUAAAUGGUUUCAAGAACUGUUGUUCAUAUAUUUGUUUGUGCCAUAGCAUUUUCAUUCAUUUAUUGUUUAGAUGUUUAUCACAUAUUGGCCAGUUGGCAUUUAUUCACAUAAUCAAGUGAGUUUGUCAUUUUAGAGGCCUCUCUUGCUAUAAUACCCACCCAUCUACUCGGAAAAUAUACAUAUCAAGGUUUUUGUGUUUUUCAUUACAUAAACAAUUAUUUUGCUUUUAGCUUGCUUAGCAGGCAUCUAAUGUUAUGUUUUUGUGCAAUGUGUUGUUGUAUUUUGGUGUGCUUUAUUUUACUUGUAUAUCAAAUUAUGCAAAACUUUUCGCAGCUGUAUAGUUUUAAGUAUAUUUUUAUGACGUUGGAUCUAAAAUUAUUAUUUACGCUUAGGACUUUUUUUAUAGAUAGUUUUGUAUACUAUGUUGGAUCAUUCAUGUUUGUAUGAAACUCCAUUCGUGACACAUGUAUUUAAGAAGAGAUGUGUUUAGGUGUGUUGUUUUUCAAAUUCUGAGGAAAGAUGUACUGACUGUUAGGCAUUCUCAUUCUCAUUCAACAGAGGUACGCAUACCAUCAUCACUCUGGUGUACAAGAAUGCUGUUAGGGGACUCUGUUUUGAUUGUGGUCUCUACUGCUUAUAUGCCAUAAACGAUAUUAAAAUAUAAUUAAUUUUGAAGAAGGAACAUUUUUCCUAUCAACUAUAUUUAUUGUAUGAUUGCCCUUAUUUUGUGCAUGAAUUCCACCAUUAUUGUCACACUUGAAAAACAGUUUACUAUAGUAUAUCAUACAUAUGUUUAUAAGUAUACCAAAGUAUAUUAUUCAUGUACAAUGUAUACCAAAGUAUAUUAUGCAUAUGUUAAAAAUUAUACCAAAGUAUAUUAAACAUAUGUUAAUUAUUUUGUGAUAAUUUCAUAUUUGUUUUGUUUUCAGAAAUUAUUAUAUAACAUAUUUUUUUUAUUUAUUUACAUGGAAUUGGCAAGCUUUGUGGAUUUUUAUAAAGUAUGUUUGUUAUAUCAUGUUACAUGAUUUUGUUGAAAUGUAUUGAUGGCAGUUUCCAAUGGUUUAUGCAAUUUUAUUUUUUGUUACAAGGGCCCCUUUUUUGACCAUAAAUAAAGUACAUGGAGUCUGGGUCGUCUCCAUGGAGUCAUGUUUACAGAAGCUCUAUUUGAAUGUAUAAUUGAGGUGUUUUUAAUACAACAGUAUUUAUACUAGUUAAGUGAUCUGGACACCAUGCAGUCAGUUAAUACUCUUCAAAACUAAUUGAGGAGGGGACAGAAGUGUAUUAUAAAUGUAAAAUGAGUGUAUGGAAUGUAUACUAGCAGAAGAAUGAACUGCAUUUGUAUACACAUAUGAAAUGUUUCUUAAAUAAUGUCAAGUUACUUGAUGACCACAUGUUGUUUAUCUCAAGUAUUUGACACAUCAAUGUAACUGUGAUACAUAGAAGUUUAUUUCUCAAAGCAUGGGUCACAGUACUAAUACCUAUACAGAUGCAGAGAAGUUGUGUAAUUCGUCCGGUUGCUCAGUCGGUAGAGCACUCCACCAUGUAAACGGGGCGACCCGGAUUCAAUCCCGGCUCUGUCUUCACAUUUUCCCACCCUGUGAGACAUGGGAUAAUUUUUCUGAAGUUAAACAUCUAUGCAACUUUCUUUUUUUAGCUCACCAGAACAUGAAGUGCUCAAGGUGAGCUAUAGUGAUCGGUCUUUGUCCGUCGUCCGUCAGUCUGUCCGUCAACAAUUGCUUAAAAAACAUCUCCUCUGAAACUACUUGGCCAAAUUCAAUGAAACUUCACAGGAAGCUUCCUUGCGUGUCCCUCUACAAAAAAUACAAUAAGGGGUCACAAUUGAUCAACAACAAAAACAGCAACAACAACAAAAUGGCUGACUUCCUGUUUUGCUUUAAAAAAAAAACCAUCUCCUCUGAAACUACCUGUCUAAAUUCAAUGAAACCUAACUGGAAGCUUUCUUGGGUGACCCUCUUCAAAAAUACAACAAGGGAUCACGAUUGAUUAACAGCAACAACCAACAACAACAAAAUGGCCAACUUCCUGUUUUGCUUUAAAAAAACAUCUCCUCUAAACCCAACUCUCCGAAUUCAAUGAAACUUUACAGGAAGCUUCCUUGGGUGACCCUUCUACAAAAAUACAACAAGGGGUCGCGAUUGAUCAACAACAACAACAAUCUGGCCGACUUCCUGCAUUAAAAACAUCUCCUCUGAAACUUCUUGGCAAAAUUCACUGACACUUUACAUUUACAGGAAGUUUCAUUGCAUGACCCUCUACCCUUUGCUUAGGUGAGCGUUUUAGAGCCAUCAUGGCCCUCUUGUUUAAAGAUGUACUCUUACUCCAAAAAAAGGUUUACAACAAUUAAUAAUAUUGUUUUAAUAUUCAAAAAAAAGAUGAAUAAAUGUUGAAAACAAUGGUUCUUAUGAAGCAUACUGAGUUUAAUUUGAAAGAAAUGUGCAUAAAUCGCCAUAUUUCUACCUUAUGAGACUAUUGUAGAUCACAAUAAAACUUUUAGCAUUCACCAAUCAUUUAAUGUUUUUGUGUUUUCCGUUAUUAAAUACAGGGUUACAAAUUUGUUAUCAGUAAUAAAUAUUUUCCUUAAAUGCAUAAUUUAGUAAGUAUUUAAAGGUUUAUCAGUCAAAAUUGAUGUUUGUUAUAUAUGUUUAUGUAAUGAUUUUGAGUGUCACUUUAAGGAACCGGUAUAUUUUUGGCAUGCCCAGUUUCUUAAUUCUGCUAGUAUAUAAAGAAGAUCAUGUUAUUAUGAAGUCAGUCAGUUGAGGAAUAUCAGUUCAAAACUAUGACAAAUGCAGACUAGUGCAAUACGUAUUACAUACCUAUGUUAUCAUAUACAGGUGGUUCUUAAGGACAAACCCACUGUGACUGUUUUUCUUCCAUAUCUGAUCAAAGGAGGAGAUACAUAGUUCUCUUUGUUAGUUACGCCCCAAUAAAAGGGCUUUAUUGAUAAAUCCAACAUUUGAUAACAUUUCUCUCUUCACAAGUUAAAGUAAUCUUGGCAAAACAGGCAUGUAUGUAUUUACAGUAUUGGCCAAUUUCAACCCACAUUGCAAUAUUUAAAAUUGGCCGUAAAUAUAUAUAAAAGCACCUGCAAUCUAUUUAUUAGUAGAACAUACUUGGAAUUGUUAUUAUGUCUAAGAAGCACGUGUUAUGUUAUCCCGGUGGUCUGUUUGUAUGAGCGAGGCAAUAAA